AUGUGAACGGGUGCUAUGGAAUGUGGUCAACUGACCCCUCAAUCUGUACGUCAAGUCAUCCUUCAGCGGCAUCCAAGGGCUGGCUUUGGAUUCAUAGCAGGCAGUGGACAACCAGUUGUGGUGCGAUCUGUUAUUUCAGGAGGUCCAUCGGAGAAUAAACUGGUCUCAGGAGAUGAGAUAUUGGCAAUUAACAAAGAAGAUGUGAGUGAGGCUUCAAGAGAGAGAUUCAUUGAAUUGGUGAGGAAUGCAAAAGAUUCCAUCACUCUGACAGUGGUUCAUCCACAUCAGUCUCCAAAGUCAGCAUUCAUCACUGCGGCCAAGAAAGAGAAACUACGCUGUAACCCGGGCAGGGUCCGUUUCUCCGAACUGGUGUCUGUUGGAGAGACAGAAGCAGACAUGUUAAAGAUGAAGGAUUCUCCACCUCUUCUCCUCAUUCCAAAUGUACUGAAAGUUUUCUUAGAAAAUGGACAGAUCAAGUCAUUCACCUUUGAUGGAAGGACCACAGUCAAGGAUGUGAUGGUUACACUACAAGACCGUCUCUCCCUUCAUCACCGUGAUCACUUCUCUCUUGCCCUGGAAUAUUCUGCAGCGGAUCAAAGCCAGAAGUUACUGCUGCUACAAGACAAGCAACCACUAGCUCAUGUUGUUCACCGAACUCACUAUCAGGGGAUGAGGUGUUUGUUUCGAGUUUGUUUCUUCCCCAAAGAUCCAGCUGAAAUUCUGCACUCCAAUCCAGCCGCUUUUGAGUACCUGUAUAUUCAGAGUCGCAAUGAUGUCAUCAGGGAGCGACUUGGAGCAGAGCUGAAGCCAGAGCUGCUUCUGGGUCUUAGCGCUCUUCAUAUAUACAUCAGUGUCAGUUCUUCUCGCCCAGGGCAAAAGAUCUCAUUGCGUGGAGUAGAGAAGGAAUGGGGUCUUGAACCAUUUCUCCCACCCUCCCUCCUGCAAGGGUAUAAGGAGAAGUCUUUGCGGAAGGUUCUUUCUCAACACCUUAAAAUUCACCAAAACCAACUAUCUGGAAACAAGGCAUCUGUCACUCAAGCCAAGCUCCGUUACCUACGUAUUCUAAACGAAUUGCCAACUUUCACUGGAGUAUUGUUCAACACAGUGGGCAUGGGUGAAAAGACACCAGCAACAACACUUCUAGUUGGUCCACGUCACGGCAUCAGUCAUGUCAUUGACCUGAAGACCAAUCUGACCACAGUCUUGUUUGAGUUCAGUCAGGUGACAAAGGUUCAGCUGUUCCGUGAAUCACAAGGAGUAGCACGAGUAGAGACAAGCGUCACUGAUAACAAGUCACUUGUGUUGCUUAUGGAUUGGCCUGAGGCUACCAGCUUUGCCUGUUUGGUUGCUGGAUAUUAUAGGCUCCUGGUGGACCCCAAGAAACCCAUCUUCCACAGAACAGCAGGUCACAUGCCUCCUCCCCAGAUUAUCAAGGCAGAUCACCUCAGUAUGCCCACAGUGUCACGCAUACCAACAUCUGUCAAGACACCACUCACCUCCGGCCUUUCUUCAGACCUCCCCAAUGCAAAAGUCACAAUUACUGGUUCCCCUGCUACCUCCCAGGGCUCGAAGCCUAUCAGUCUCUGCUAUGUCAAACUACAAGGAAGGGACAGAAGAGACAUCAACCAAAACACAGUCACAGAGGAGGCCCGACCAAGAACAAAAUCUGAUCCUACGUCUAAAGGGUCAUCAAGUGAGAAUGGUACAUCUGAGUUCAGGGAUUCGACCGAGGUCAGCCGCUCCCGUUCCUUCACUAUGGACACCAAGGUGAAAUUGGAGGCCACCCAGUUCUACUGUGAUUCAUGCAAAGCCAAAAUGAAAAGCCGCCUUGUGGGUAUUAGAUGUGCAAAUUUAUGUAGUUCCUCUGCCUGCAGUGAUAACAUCGUGGACCUAAUUUCUUUGCCGCCUCCCGAACAUGAGAAAGAGGAAGGAAAAGAUGAAAGGGAAAAUGAAAAAGAUGGAGACGUAAGGGAAAAAGAAGUUCAAGAGACUACAUCACUUCUGCCGUCUGCAGCCCCACCCCCACCAGGAUUUGAAGACAACAGUUCUGAUGAGGAGGAAACCAAGCAUGAGGAAAGUACAAGACAAGAGAUUGGUAACAUAAUCUCAGGAUCUAGGUAUGAAGACUUGCCUGUAACAUUAAUAGACAAUGUCCAAACAAGGACAAUGAGAGAUCAUGCAAGGGAUCUAGAUGAUGCUCUUGUGUCUACUUUACAAGCUCUGGAGGCCCUUGCUGCUUCUGAGGAUUUCCCUAGCCCAGCACCCCAACCCACAGCAGGCCUCAUUGUACUUGCUGCAAUCACACCCGAGUCCUCCCUAGACUCUGGACAUGAAACAUAUUCCUCAGAGCUGAAUGAUGUAUCAGAGGUGGUGACCGCUAUGAAGCAACAUCACAACACAGCUUACAUCCUGACUCACCUUAACAAGGAUAAUCUCCUUUCAAGAAAGGACCUUCCUUUCAGAAUCCAGACUUGUACUGCUCAAGCUGUUCUUACUUCCCCUUCCUCUUUGAAUACUAACCAACUUUGCAAAUCUAUCAUACAACAAAGUAGAGAAACAACUGCACUCAAUCAGGAGUCAACCACUCCACUGUCCGAUCCAUCACAUAAUCUUAACAAUGGUAUAAUAAGACUUUCAUCACCCGCCAAGCCCAAAGACCAUCCAGAUGGCAUCUCAGUACCAGUAAACCCUGAACAGUCACUAACUGUUGACCCACCAACUUUCACUGAGGGAUCUACUGAACCUAUGUUACCUAUGUCCCUUCUUAAGAUGCCUAAAACUCCACCAUGGAGUGAGAAAAAAACAGCAAAUUGCACAGAGAGCCCUUGUGACCAUCACCUCUCAAAAGGAGAGUCAUCACCAAACAUAUUAAACGAAAGUGGCAGUGAAGGUCAUGGUGUGUUUCAUUUAUCACCAACAGAUGAUGAGAGGCUUCAUGCUAAAGCAUGUUCUGCUAGAAGUCAAGAGGAGCAAAAUCAAAACCACAAAAUGAAUGAAGGACAUGAGAUAAGAAGUACUUGUGUGGAUCCAUCAGCCUCUCCCAACCUUGGCAAACAACAAGAAUUAUCAGGAAAAACUAUGACAGUAGAAGAGGUAUCUACAAUGCCAAACAGCGUCAUGUUUAAUAAAGAAAGUUCCAAAAUUAGAAAAUCAGGCAAAGAUAUCACUGUAGCCUCAUUUGUCAUGGAAAAGUUGGCUGCCCCAGUUGAGCUGGAGGAUUGUGAUGUUCCAGCCAAGCCAAGAGCCCGUGUGCCCUUCAAGCUGCGGAACCUAUUUUCUGCCACUUUCCCAACCCGCAUGAGAAGAGAGACUGAUGAGCGCCAGGCACAAUUGCGCAAGGUUAAGCAGUAUGAGAUGGAAUUCCUAGAAGAACUGCUGAAACCACAUGGAAAAGUAAGCACCCAACACAAAGAAACUCCUAACCGCCUAGUGCCUGGGCGCUGCUCCUGCCAGGUGCGUAGCAGUCCCCUUCAAAAAGUGCCAGGCAUGUCCCGUGAACAGCGACGCAGCUGUGAUUGUAAACGCAUUAUAAGGGGCAUUCGAGUGUUGCCUAACCCUCCGUUGGCGCAAGAACCAAGAAACAGAGAGCAAGCACGAGGCACAGAUACUUCAGUACUCCGACUGGUACGUUCAUCCAGCCUGGAAUCCAAAGGUGCAGAGAAGAUGACUUUGACCACCCCUGCUCCACAAGCAGAACCUUAUCUACAAUACACAAAGUUGACAGAAAAAUAUAAUGAAGAAGAAUGGGAAGAGAUGUCCCCUAAGCUUCCUCCUACCAACAUCCAGAAAAAUGAUAGUGAGCCUACUGUAGUUAAAGGUAAUGUGGUGGAGAUGUUUAGGGGUAGGGAGGAAAAUACGACUCCAGCUAUCCUUCCACAACAACAAGAAAUAUUUUCAAUCCAUGGUAAGUUGCCUAAAGAGGAAGAAGCAAUAUCAGUGGAGAAAUGCUGUUCUAUUAGUCACUGCUUCAACUGCCAUAGGCGCUCAUCUUUGGAAGACUGUAGUGAGAAGGAUGAACUAUCAUAUUCCAUUCCUAUGCAGAUCUUGCCAGGCGUAAUACUGAAUGCAGAGGCCAACCCAGUAGUGAGCCAGACUCUACAGGCACUGGAUUCCACAGUAUGCAGUGGUACUGAAGAUUGUCAUACUCAGGAGAUUGACCUUCGUACAGCCACUGUCGAGGGUAGCCUAGCCAAGGUUAGUGCCUUACGUGGCCGUUCCUACUCAUUACCUGAUGGUUUCCUGUCAGUACAACUAGACACAAGUGAGUUACUAACAGUCCUACGUCAGUGCUUAUCCAGUUCUGAAGUUGGAGAACCAAAAUUGGAUGAUGUUAAUCUAGGCCAGCAAAAACAGGAACUGACACUGCGUUUCAAGGAGUUCCGGGCAUCCUGUAGAAGAAUGGCUGGAGUGGAUAAAAGUCCACACCAUAUGCUAACUGCAAUUACUUGCAGCUUUCAAGUUCUAUGUUCUCUGAUUGAGACAUUUGUAAGACUGGUGUUUGUUGUCAGAUCAGAAAGUCAGAGGCAAGAACUCCUAGGAAAAGUAGAAGAGGUUGUUAGGAAUUAUACCUUUCUGCUUAGGGCAGCAGAGGAGUCAAGCACACGGACAGCAGGCCAGAACUUGACUGUGGUGGGACAGUUAGCCAAGCAGUCAGCUACAGUAGCCACUGCAGUGAGCACUUUUUCCCGUUCCAUCAAGACCCUUAUGACCAAAUGAAGUGGAGAAAUUGUGUUGAAAACCAUUAACCAUUAUUUUGGAGCCUUACAGUCUUCAGAAACAAUAAUAAUUAUUAAUGAUAAAUAUAUGGAAAUCAGUUAGACAUCCCUAAGCAAAAAUAUAUUACUGGCAUAUUGAGUUCCAAAGCAAAUGGUUUACAUUUAUUAAAGCUCCUGGUGAUUAGGAUUAUAUGUGAAUAAGCUCUUCCACUGAUGUGAGGCAGAAAAUAAUUAUUAAAGAAUCUGAAUGUUAGGGCUACUUUCUACAUGGAGUUACCAGUCCCACUGUGACUAAUUAAGCUUCUCCUAUAUUCUCUUGAAAUCUAUGGGGAAUUAAUAUAUCAAGAGAA